UAAGAAAGAAUAGAAGGAAAUGUGCCUGCUGCUCCGUCAAGUCAUCCACAAUCCUUACUGUAAAGACCUUCAUACAGUCUCUUUUUAUAGACCUACAGGGAGGGAGCAGGCACUAUCCAAGACUGGAAAAAAUGAGCUAAAUAUGAAAUUAAAAAAAUCUAACAAGGGUUUCGGAAAAUAUGUGUAACUUGGUGUGAAGGAGGAAGAAGACUGAGUCUGGAUUAAGGUUUUCCAAGCGGGAUUAAAAAAGGUGCAAAUUAGGUACAGCACACCUGAAAAAUGGUUUACUUGAGAACAAUGAAUUAUUGAUGACUUGGUCAACAUGGGAUCCACUACAUACCGAAAGGCAGCUACACUGGAUGAACUUUUGUAUACAUGCAUUGAUAUGUUUGGAAACAUGGCAGGAAGUGAGAAGAAUAUCCCUACUUUUGACAGAUGUUCCCACGGACAGAUAUGUCCUCAAUUCCUGUGAAAGUGUCAGCUGUCAUCUUUCCAACUUUCACAAUGACUACAAAGACACAAAUGAGAGGGGUAAUCUGCAUCACAACAAUUUGUUGCCAAGAAUCAUUUUGUUAAUGCAUCGUUGGUAUUUGUCUUCUACUGAACUUGCUGGAAAACUUCUCUCAAUAUAUCAAAAUGCUACUGGUGAAAACUGUGAUAUAUUGCAACUGAAGACAUGUCACUUUAUGAGAUACUGGAUUUUAGAAUUUCCUGCUGAGUUUAAUUUGGAUCUGGGAUUGAUAAGGUUGACUGAAGAAUUUAGAGAACUGGCAAGCCAGCUGGGACAUGAAGAACACAUUAAUCUUAUAGAUAUCUCUAGCAUCCCAUCUUAUGACUGGAUGCGAAGAGUCACACAGAGGAAAAAAACAUCAAAGAAGGGAAAGGUUUGCCUUCUGUUUGACCAUCUGGAGCCUGUGGAGCUGGCAGAACACCUAACAUUUCUAGAGUAUAAAGCUUUCCGAAGAAUAUCUUUUACAGAUUAUCAAAGUUACGUAAUACAUGGCUCUGUAGUGGACAACGCAACUUUGGAGCGCUCCAUAGCUCUAUUCAAUGGAAUCUCAAAAUGGGUACAGCUUAUGGUUCUGAGCAAGCCAACCCCACAGCAAAGAGCGGAGGUUAUUACCAAGUAUAUUAAUGUUGCCGAGAAAUUAUUGGACAUUCAAAACUUUAACACUCUGAUGGCAGUUGUUGGUGGACUAAGCCAUAGCUCCAUAUCUCGUCUUAAAGAUACUCAUGCACAUCUCACCUCUGAUGUUACAAAGGUGUGGGAUGAAAUGACCGAGCUGGUCUCGUCUAAUGGAAACUACUGUAGUUAUCGUAAAGCGUUUGCUGAGUGUGUAGGGUUUAAAAUCCCUAUUCUUGGUGUUCACUUGAAAGACUUAAUAGCUGUACAUGUUGUUUUUCCUGACUGGGUGGAUGACAAUAAAGUAAACACUGUUAAAAUGCAGCAGUUAUAUGUUACUCUCAAUGAACUGGUUUCACUACAGAGUGCUUCGCCUCACUUAGAAACAAGUAUGGACUUAAUUAACCUCUUAACGUUAUCGCUUGAUUUAUACCAUACUGAAGAUGAUAUUUAUAAACUUUCACUUGUACUUGAGCCUAGGAGUCCAAAAUCGCCAACUUCCCCUACAACUCCCACUAAGCCUGAUGUACCCCUUGACUGGGCCUCUGGAGUGACCACAAAGCCUGACCCUACCAUUAUUAGUAAGCAUAUACGGAAAUUAGUUGAGUCUGUUUUUAGAAACUAUGAUCAUGAUCAUGAUGGAUAUAUUUCUCAAGAGGACUUUGAAAGUAUUGCUGCUAACUUCCCAUUUUUGGAUUCCUUCUGUGUUCUAGACAAGGAUCAAGAUGGCCUUAUCAGCAAGGAUGAAAUGAUGGCCUACUUUCUUAGGGCGAAGUCUCAGUUUCAUUGCAAAAUGGGUCCUGGCUUUGUUCACAAUUUCCAAGAGAUGACAUAUUUAAAGCCAACUUUCUGCGAGCACUGUGCAGGAUUUCUGUGGGGUAUCAUCAAGCAAGGGUACAAGUGCAAAGAUUGUGGUGCCAAUUGUCAUAAACAAUGCAAAGACCUCCUUGUGCUGGCCUGCAGAAAACUCUCUAGAGGAACAUCUAUUGGAAGUAGCCAUGGGUCCCUUCCAAGCAGCCCAUCUCUGGCUCCAGCACAAGAUGACGUUUUUGACUUUCCUUCUCCUGGAAGACAUAAUCAUGAUCUAGACGGACGAGCAAUAACUCUAGUCACUGGCUCUUCUAGGAAGAUCUCGGUGCGAUUACAACGUUCAACAACCAGCCAGGCAACGCAAACAGAUCCUGUGUGGUCUGAAUCUGGCUGGAGUGAUACUGGUCCUCAUACAUUUCCUAAGAUGAAAACUAAAUUCUAUGGCAAGUCAGCAAAGAACAAGGGUUUUGCUAAAUGGGAGAAUGAAAAGCCAAACCCUCACCCCAACAUGGACAUUAUGGAAGUACAGGCUCUGGAACAACUUGAAGAUCACAAUGGGACGGAAACAAGGAAUGAACGUAGCAGUACAGAGGACAGCUGAUUCUUUGAUUUUCCGCAAUAAGGAGAAAACCAGAAGCAGUGUAACACUGAAAUACCUUAAAUGAUCAGUGGAUGUUAGAAAAUGGCAUUGCACUGAUGAAGAGCUAUCCAGGCUACAGAUCCUAGAUGACUAUUUCUACAGCAUGGGACAAGUAUAGAAGGAAGACAAUAAAUCGAGUACAAACUCUUUACACAGAGAGGUCUCUAUCACUACAUUCCUACAUAUGUUUUGUAUAUAGAUACAUGAUCUUAUUUGUUUAUUGUGUUCUUGUAAAAAAAGAUAUUAUUACUAUUUAUUUAAGAAAGAGCAAGAAAACAGAACUAUUUAAUCAUCAGAAUUCUAAAUUUAUCAUCUCCCAAAAAUAUCAUGUACUAUGGUGGUAUGACACAAACACUUGAGAUACUCCUUUAGAAACCAAUGUAGAGGACAGGAGCAGCAAUAUUGGCUUUUUAUGAAGCCAGAAGAAAACAUGCAUCUUUCACGCUCUCUUAUGGCAGUUGCAAGGCAUGAACGUGGACAAAGCCCUUUUUCCUCCUUAACUGCCUGUACUUUCAGAAGUAGAUCUGCAUGAAUCAGAAUAAAAGGAUGUGUUUAUACUAAGAACAAUAUAUUGUUUUAUUGAUGCCCUUAGCCCAUAGUUCCACUGAGUUUUGAAAUUAAAUAUAAAAAGCUCUGAACGAGUACAAACAUCUGCAGAAGGAACCAUCAAAACGACAUACAUUUGUGCUCCAAUUUUCCACCUAAUUAUGAUUUCUCUCAUGUCAGAUGUGUCCAUCCCUGACAUUUAAACAAGUUUACUGGAUACCCUACAGGAACAAAAAGUAAAGGCAGAAGAAGUAAAGUGAGGCACAACUUCAGUGUAUGUUCAAACCCAAAGCAGCUUCAAGACAUGUUCAUGAAUGUUCAACUACUACCUUAUAAUAAUUUACAGAAUUCCCUGAAACACUAGAUGUCAACUGUUCAUUAUGUUUGUUCUUUAAUGAUAUUAAACAAAAUGGUGUACAUUUUU